UCUCUCGCUCUCUUUCUCUCUCCGGUUUAUCUCCAUGUCUCUCUCCCUCUCUCCAUCCCCAGCAAGGCUCUUCAGUCUACUUUGCGCAUGUACAGACAGCCAAAUAGAGCAUUGCAUCGACUCCAAGAUGGCGAAAACACGUCUGGCUUGGCUCUUGACUCUCCUCUCAACUCAGUGCUACCUGAGCGUGUUGGCAGUCGUGCUGAAGACAAAUGAUGCCUCGCCGUGGACAAAUGAGUUUGACAAAGUUGAGCUAUCGUGUGUGAUUGAGUCUAUUUCCACAAUCAAUCCCAGAAUUGAAUGGAAGAAGAUAACAAGCGGGGGGCCAAGCUAUGUCUACUUUGACAAGAAGAUCUAUGGUGACCUUGAGAACAGAGCCGUGAUCAGAGAACCUGCCACGUUACUGAUAACCAACGCCACGAGAUCAGACACAGCCAAGUAUCGAUGUGAGGUCACUGCUGCAGAAGACCAAAAGGCCUUUGAUGAGAUUCUGAUUGACCUGGUUGUAAGAGUGAAGCCAGUUGUGCCAAAGUGCAGCGUCCCGAAAUCGGUGCCUUUGGGGAAGUCGGCUGAGCUGAGCUGUGUGGAGGAGGAGGGCUUCCCCAAGUCUCAGUACCAGUGGUUCAAGAACAUGGAGGAGAUCCCCGACGACCCAAAGACCAGCGUCAAGUUCUUCAACUCCUCGUACACGCUCAGUACAGAAACAGGAACUCUGAAGUUCAUUUCAGUCAGGAAAGAAGACGCAGGCGAGUACUAUUGUCGAGCGAAGAAUGAUGCAGGGCACACUCAGUGUGCACCCCAGAAGAUGGAAGUGUAUGAUAUUGACAUAGUGGGGAUCAUCCUGGGAGUGCUGGUGGUGGUCGUUGUGCUCUUAUGUAUAACGGUGGGCAUCUGCUGUGCUUACAAACAAGGCUACUUCUCCAGCCAACAGCAGACGGGGAACAAUUACAAAGUUCCAGCUAAAGGAGAUGGAGUGGACUACGUCAGGACGGAGGAUGAGGUUAGUAGAUCGUCUGGCUGUGUGGCCGUUUUCUAA